AAAGAUAUGUGGCUUCUUAAAUAAACUAACCCUUUGCAGCACUUGAUUCUCCAGACCCUGAAGCUUAAGAACAUUAUUUAGAGAAGCAGAAAUGGAACAGCCUCACGCCGUCACCGGAAUAUUCUUUGCCCUUGUCUUCUUUUUCUUCGCUAUUUUCAUUAUUUCCCGGAGAUCCGUCGGUCAACGGAAGAGGCUCCCACCGGAAGCCGAUGGCGCUUGGCCGGUGAUUGGCCACCUCCAUCUACUCAAUACAGAGGAGCCAACUCACAAGACGUUGUCCAAAAUGGCGGAUGCGUAUGGGCCAAUAUUCACGUUUAGGUUUGGUAGGAAAAAAGCUUUGAUUGUGAGCAAUUGGAAAAUAGCAAUGGAGUGUUUUACUACAAACGAUAGAAUAUUUGCGUCUCGUCCAAAGCUGCUUGCGUCAAAGCUUCUUGCUUAUGACUACGCCAUGAUGGCGUUCAGCCCAUACAAUCCAUAUUGGCGCCAUGUACGCAAAUUAGCCACGCUUGGACUCUUCACAAAUCGACGCACUGAGCAACUCGAACGCAUUAGAUCAUUUGAGGUUCAUAGAUGGAUGAAGGAACUCCACGAGUUAUAUGUGCUCGAAAACAGUAAGAAAAGUGAAAAAGUUGUGGUGGAAAUGAAGAGGUGGUUUGUAGACAUAACCCUCGACACCAUGUUGAAGAUGGUGAUUGGGAAGCGAUUUGCCACCGCCUUCAAUGACCUUGGGGGCAGAGAAAAAUGGCGAAAGGCGUUAGAGGGUUUCUUUGAAUUCUUUGGAAAAUUCAUUCCUUCAGAAUCGUAUCCAUUUCUGAGUUGGUUGGACAUAGGAGGACAUGAAGAAGCCAUGAAGAAGAAUGCACAAAUAUUAGACGAGGCAUUUCACAUAUUCCUCCAACAACAUCGAGAGAGGAGAGAUUAUUGCAAUAAAGGGGAUAUGGAAGAACAAGACUUCAUGGAUGUAAUGAUUUCAACUGUUGAAGAUGAUGAUGGACAACAUUUUGACUACGAUGCUGAUACAAUCAUUAAAGCUACAUGUUUGAAUGUGAUAUUAGGCGGAUUUGACACUACGUCAAUUACAAUGAUAUGGGCUCUUUCUUUACUUCUCAACAAUGAAGAUGCAUUGAAGAAGGCUCAACUUGAAUUAGACGAACAAAUUGGAAGAGAAAGACAGGUGAAAGAGACAGAUGUAAAAAAUCUAAUAUAUCUCCAAGCUAUUGUGAAGGAAACUCUACGAUUAUAUCCAGCUGGACCACUUUUAAUCCCUCAUGAAUCUAUAGAAGAUUGCACAAUUUCUGGCUACCACAUCUCUAGAGGAACACGUCUCAUUGUUAAUGCUCAAAAGCUACAAAAAGACCCACUUAUUUGGGAACAUGCUAGUGAAUUUCGACCAGAAAGAUUUUUAACAAGCCAAAAGUAUAUUGAUGUUAGAGGACAAAGUCCCCAAUUGAUACCAUUUGGGAAUGGUCGAAGGAUGUGCCCUGCCAUCUCAUCCGCCCUUCAAAUAAUACAUAUUACGCUAGCAAACUUGCUACAUGGGUUUAAAGUUGAUAGGCCAUCCGAAGAGCUUCUUGACAUGGAAGAGAGUCCUGGGUUGGCUAAUGGUAGAAAAGCUCCACUUGAAGUUGUUUUAACUCCACGACUACCUGCCCAAGUUUAUGAGUAAUUUCGUAAUCAAAUUCUACAACAGAUGAGUGUCUGAUGUUACAAAAGAUGGUUUAAUAAUGUUGGUGCCAUUAAUAUCUUGGAUAAAAAAAUCUAUUAUGAUGUGGAUUCAAUAUAUUUUUGGU